AUGGCUGCCGUCGCCGUGCGUUCUUCGUCUCGGCAACGGCCGAGCCGAGGUGGCCGGCGCUAUGACAAGACAGAUCAUGCUGAGGAGAUCCCGCUUCCACCUCGAAGCAGUUCCCGGCGGGGGUCGAACAAGGACAGGGAGUCGGCCACGACCUGCAGCGAAGGAGGCUCGCGGCCCAGCUCAAAGGAGACCCUGAGGCACUCACUGGUUGAGAAGCCCACGCCGUCCACGAAGCCGCCGAUGGUGCUCUCGGGCUUCGGGCGGCAGGUGUCUGCACCGUCUUCUGCAGACGACAACGGCCCAGCUUCUGCCCGCUCGGGCCGCAAGCGUGUGACCGCCUGCGCCCAGGAGCUCCGACAGUCAGUACAGCUGAUGACGACGCCCAGCUCGUCCAGGGCUCCGAGCCGCUCCGGCUCGGAACGUGCGACAGCUCUUCCGAGCUUGGGCUCAGCUGCGGGUGAGAUGGAGGCCCUGGUUCCCCCGGCGCGUCUGACGCGGCAGCUGUCCUUCGUGGCCUAUACCAUCGACGAUGUGGACCACAUCAUCCAGUCGGAAAGAGAAGGAGGUGUAGAAUGGUUCCGAGCAUUCUGGCAUGUGGUGCUCGUGCAGACCCCUGCUUGUCGGAUGCUGACAAACCGGUCGCUGCCGAAUUGGGUAGCCAUCUACAACCGUUGGCAGGCCACGGCCAAAAGCAAUGGUGGCAUCCCUGUCGACGUUAUGAGCGCGAGUGAGUUGCAAGACUGGCUGGCGGCACCACCCACUCGGGUCGUGGAGAUUGUGAGGUUGUUUGAUCCGAAAGGCUAUGCCAAGUUCAACCUCAUGAAAACCAGCUCGGAGCACUCGAAGAUUCGUCUUCCCAUUCUGCCGCUCGUGUGCGCCUGUGUCAUGAUGUCGCAGACAUUGACAAACAGGCAAAAGCUUCGAUUUCUCUGCGGCAUCUUCGACAAGGAAGACAAAGGCGGUUUGACCGAAGAGGAGUUCAUCAGUAUGCUCCAAAACCUGCUGCGCGGCUUAGCUUGUGCUUUUGGCAUGGCCAUCGCCAAGGAGAUGCUGCCGACACCUUCCAAGAUCCAGGAGGUGGCGAAGCAGAUCUUCAGUCGGAUCCGAGAGCGCGCACCUCGGGGCGAAGCUUCGACGUCCUUCCUGUCGAAUUCAGCUCUGGACCACUGGAUCUUGGGCCAUACCUUCGAUCCGGUGGCAUUGCCCUUUGCGCUGUUUUUGGAGCGCUUCUCGAUCGAUGAUGACGCUGUAGAUCCGGACCUCUUUCAGGACGAACCGAAGCGCUUUCGGCUCUCCCACACAAAGCCGGUGGAAAAUCCGCUUGAAGCCAUCAUCAACAUAGAUCCGAACUAUCUCUCUCGCUUCGAGGUGCUCACUGCGCGGGAGAUCUUUCAGUACUGCCAGUCCAUCUCUGACUUCAAGCUCUCUCAUGAGGAAGUGGAGCGCGGAGUGCAGAAGCCCAUUAGCGUGGAGAUGUGGUGCGGCAAGCUCUCCCGCGCCCUCGAGGAAAUGGACUCCCAAAGGGGAACCCAGGCGCGAAGCGAUCUGGUGGGAUUUCUGCGGAAGCUUUGCCCCAAGGCGACACCGGCGCACAUCCGCAUGUACCAGUCGUGGCUGCAGGAGUUCGAUUCCGGCGUGGAGCUCAAGAAGGCUCUAGACCUGGGCCACACGAUGCUCCAGAUCUUCCAAUCCUACUCCGAAAAGCCGGUUAUGACUGACCGAAUCCGCAACGAGCUGGAUGCAAACUUCGCGAAGAUCAACAGGGUGCAGGAUCGCAUCACGACGGCGGACUUAAAAGCUGCGAUGGAGGUUGGAACACGCACUGCCAAGGACAUGAUGCAGUACUUCGACACCAACCGUGAUGGCUUCGUGGAUAAAGAUGAGUACGCCGCGGCUAUGUGUCCCACAGACUACCGGUUCCGCCCCGUGGGCGCUUUCGUCGACGAAGUCUUUGGAGUACUCAUCUCGAACGAGGUCGCAAAGCAGGAGCAGCAUGUGGCGGAGAUAGACCGUCUUUUCGCACCCAGACGAAGCGGCGAGCAUCAGCAAAAGCGGAAGAAGCUGUUCAUCAAAAAACAGGUUCCGGAGCGUCUAUGGCAGACCUGGAAUGAAGUCUUCGACUUGCUUGACCCUGACAACACAGGGACCGUCUGCAGAAUGCGGCUGAAGCAAUCCAGAUUUCUUUGCCCCGAUGUUUGCGAUUAUGUGUUCGACUUGAUCGCGGACCAUGGCAGACGGGAGGAUGGCAAGGAGGAGGCUUUCAAUCGCGACCAGUUUCUGGCCAAGCUGCUGGACGCAUCUGACUUUCGACGAAGUCCAGGGUAA